AUGCAUUUGCAGGGUGAAUGUCAGUGCCCAGUCCCACCAUCUUCACCAGUUCCACCUCCUCCACGAACAAUCGUAGUGCCUGAAGACGACGAUGAAGCCGUAAUCACGUGUUAUGGUUACAAUCUUCGACCAAGUGAAAUCGACAAAUACUCUAGAUCAGUGUUCCCUCUCGUUUUUGUCAUAUUCAAUCUAAUUUAUUGGAUAUAUUUCUACAAUAUCAGUGGCACGCAAGUGGAAAUGGACGACUUUUCGUGA